UUGAAAUCUGUCAUCCGUUUACCUUCCUCAAAGCCAAACCUCACCGAAAUUCGUCAAGUCAACACAAAACAAACCAACCCCAGCCGCCAGCACCAUGCAACGUUUCCCCCUACGCCUACGACCAACCCUCCUGCCACCCCUCGCAGCACAAGUCCACCUCCCGCCCAUAACCACACACACCCCAUCAGCCCGCGCCAUGUCCGCCGCGACCAAGUCCUCCCCAGCCGCAUCCUCGGGCCCGAGCGCCGAGUCGGGCGGCUCGCGAUCCAAGACGGCAGCCGAGGAGCACAACAACAAGAACAACGGCAACGCGACACCAGGGGCGAUCCCAGACGCGCUGGCCGAGGGGCGAGUGCGGGGCCGGACGGGGGGCGGGGAGCCGCUGGAGGGGUCCGUGAGCGCGCCGCCGCGGCCCAAGAUCACGAACGCGAGCGUGCCGGGGGACAAGGCGGGCGGGAACGGGGGGCCCGCCGAGGGACUGACGGGGGAGCAGAGGAGGGAGGUGGAGGAGCAUAAUAGGGAGUUUGAGGCGAGGCAUGAUCGGGCUGGGAGGGCGGAGGAUGAUCGGGUUGAUAAGAAGUUUUGGAAGGGGGGAGGGGGGAGGGGGAAGUGAGCGGGGGUUUACCGUCCCGAUUUGAGAGGAGGCGUUGCUGCAUCCUGGCUAGAAUGGCAUCUUUGGUUCGAACGGGUCGGUUUUUGGGUCACUUGUGCUACCGUGAACUCGGAUGUUCUUGGGGGUAAAUUACUUGGCGAAGCUAGAUACAAGGUUC